AUGCGUCGAGGCGCCAGUCAGAGAAAAAGUAUGUUAAGAACUUCGAAGUUUUUGAAAUACAAAAUGUUAAGCUCGGAAGAAAAUCCUGUAGAUGGAGAUGCUGAAAAUGAGAAAGAACAUCCUGAGCGACGGUACAAUGCUAGUGCACAACAGCCUGAGCAACGGUACAACGCCAGUGCACAACAGCCUGAGCGACGGUACAAUUGCACAACAGCUGAGAAACGGUACAACGCCAGUGCACAACAGCCUGAGCGACGGUACAAUGCUAGUGCACAACAGCCUGAGCGACGGUACAAUGCUAGUGCACAACAGCCUGAGCGACGGUACAACGCCAGUGCACAACAGCCUGAGCGACGGUACAACGCCAGUGCACAACAGCCUGAGCGACGGUACAACGCCAGUGCACAACAGCCUGAGCGACGGUACAACGCCAGUGCACAACAGCCUGAGCAACGGUACAAUGCUAGUGCACAACAGCCUGAGCAACGGUACAACGCCAGUGCACAACAGCCUGAGCGACGGUACAAUGCUUGUGCACAACAGCCUGAGCGACGGUACAACGCCAGUGCACAACAGCCUGAGCGACGGUACAAUGCUAGUGCACAACAGCCUGAGCGACGGUACAACGCCAGUGCACAACAGCCUGAGCAACGGUACAAUGCUAGUGCACAACAGCCUGAGCGACGGUACAACGCCAGUGCACAACAGCCUGAGCGACGGUACAAUGCUAGUGCACAACAGCCUGAGCAACGGUACAACGCCAGUGCACAACAGCCUGAGCGACGGUACAAUGCUAGUGCACAACAGCCUGAGCGACGGUACAAUGCUAGUGCACAACAGCCUGAGCGACGGUACAACGCCAGUGCACAACAGCCUGAGCGACGGUACAACGCCAGUGCACAACAGGCUGGGCAAGACAUCAACACCCGUGGUACACUGGAUAAUCUUCCAGAACAUCUAUUAAAUACAAAGGAAGAAAAUGCUUCCCCACAGCAACAAAGCGAUAAUGUACCAGUCGGGCGGUUCCCUCGAUUUCACCGUCAACCCCAGAGGUUAAGAAUAUAACGGAAUGCUAAAGCUUCUCAACCCACCACCACCACCACCACCACUCGGCAGCCUGAGAGACGGAUCGUCUACCAGGAAAUCCCUGACCCUCUGUGGCUUGAGUUAAAGCCAAACGAAAAGCCUAAGGCUGAAGCGGUGAAGAAGGACACUGGUGCCUCCCAUACCUUGGGUACCAAUGAUAACCCUUCUAAAUACCAACGUAAACCCAAGAAAAACAAGCCCAAAAACAAUAAGAAUACACAAAAAUCUUCAGGAACUCGGGACAAAAAUGGAAAAGGAAAUGGUGCAGCUGCAAAAAAACUUAAGAAGAAAAAACCUUGAGCAGGCUUCAGCAGAGGAUUGAAGGAAUGGACUGAACGCAAGGCUUAGUAACAAAAAAAAAAAAAAACUCAGUAGGCAGCCACCUCCACGUGGUGAGUUCUGGGUGUUUUGUAUGACUUGUUGUUACUUCAUACUAAAUCAUACAAGAUAGCCGAGAGCUGCUCAUACAGUUAUCGUCUAUCCUGCUACAAUAUAUAUUCACAAAAACUCAAAAUAUCUCUCCUCCAUCUCUUCAUAACUCACUUUUUUCUAUGUUUUUCUUACCUUCCUUUUUUUUCUAUAUUUAUUGUCUUUUACUUCUCCUCCUUCUCUUUCAUGUUUUUACCUCACCCUCCUUUUCCCCUUUUUUCUUCUUCCUCCCCAUUUAUCUUCUUGUUCUUCUGAGUACAAAUAGGAAGUUGAUCUAUCUGGUGUGCAGCAGACAAUCAAACCUAGUCUUGUUCUGAAUGACCUACAUGACCUUAGUGCUUAACACCGAUUAUUAUUAUUUAUUUCUCAUUCUAUCUUCGCCUCUUUCUUCUUUUAACUUUCGAUAACUGGACUUAGUUAUAUAUUCUUCAGGAAAGUUUUAUUUAUUUGUCAUGCUCGACUGCCAUCCUUCAUGUUGACCAUCAGUGUUUUGCUACGAAUGUUGUUCCACAUGAUGCUAGUAACAGUGUCAAUGGCUAUAUGUUACUAUUGCGACUAUAUCACCACUAACACCAUCACUGAUGCUUACCAUCACUGCCACAAUCACUACCCUCAUCAACACCAUCACUGCUGCUCACCAUCACUACCCUCAUUAACACCAUCACUGCUGACACCACUACCACAAUGACUACCCUCAUUAACACCAUCACAGCUGACACCAUCACUACCACAAUCACUACCCUUAUUAACACCAUCACUGCUUACACCAUCACUACCACAAUCACUACCCUCCUUAACACCAUCACUGCGGCUCACCAUCACUACCACAAUCACUACCCUCAUUAACACCAUCACUGUUGUUCACCAUCACUACCACAACCACUACCCUCAUCAACACCGUCACUGCUGCCACCAUCACUACCACAAUCACUACCCUUAUCAACACCAUUACCUCUACUAGCAACACUACUUUGAUCACUAAAAGCACAACCAUAACCUCUACCACCAUAAGCACUACAUCACCAUAACCAGUAUCACUAUCACCACUACUACCAACACCAUUAUCAUUAUCACCACCACCACUACCACGAAAACAACUAUCAUUAUCAUCACUAACACCAACACCACUAUCACUAUCACCACUACCACCAUCAGCACUGCAUCACCAUAACCACUAUCACAAUCACCACUAUGAUCCUCACAUCCACCAUUCUUAGCAUGACCAUCUCCAUCUACUGAACCCAUCAUCACUACCAUAAUUACCAUUUUCAUAAUUACCAAUAUCACCCACACCACUACCACCAUUACCUCGAUCCUCACUAGUACAGUAUAACCACAACCAGUACUACAAGUAUCACUACUACUAAUACUACAAUUAUUA